GAGAGAGAGGCGGUGAGUCGUGCGUUUUUCUGGUGCGCGCCUUGAAACUUAACGGAUCACGUGCGGCAGCGAUGCCUCGUUAGAAGAUUUGCAUCAUCUCUGGGGAGUUUUUCUUUUUCAUUCACAUUAAAGGCGAUGGAAGCGGAUUUAAUCAUUUGAACGGACCCUGUUUGUGUGGAGGGACUUCUUUUCUUUUUUGUUUUACUCCAUCAGUGAGACCUCUCCUGGGUUUUGGUAGCCGUUGAGCAAAACCCUCAGCAGACGCUCCCUCCUUGACAUUCUGCUGCCGCUUGAAACAAAGUUCACAAAGCUGAACGCAGCUGGGCAAUAAAGAGGAAGGUGGACAGACAGAUGCAGCAGCAGCAGCAGCAGCAGCAGCAGCAGUGUGUCACAGUCAAAGUGUACGAGUGAAGUAAGACAGCACAGGCGUGAGGUUUGUGGUGGGAACUUCCUUUCUCGACUGUCCCACCAGUGACACAAUCGCUCCUCCCCGGAGCGGUUUGGCAAGCAGGUAUUUUGUCUGAAAACACAUCGGGCCGCCAAGUGUGUGGGAUGACAACGCAACGAAAACAAAAAAGAGGAAAAAAUAACCAUGCUGAAGAAUGACCAGCUGGUCUAUAUUGGCCUGGAGCUGGUGAUCGCCUGCCUGGCUGUGGCGGGAAACGUGCUGGUCUGCUGGGCCGUCUGCCUCAACUCCAACCUGCAGAGCAUCACCAACUUCUUUGUGGUGUCACUGGCGGUCGCUGAUAUCGCCGUGGGGCUGCUGGCAAUUCCCUUCGCCAUCGCCGUCAGUACUGGUUUCUGCGCCAGCUUCUACGGAUGCCUGUUCAUCGCCUGCUUCGUCCUCGUACUCACCCAGAGCUCCAUCUUCAGCCUGCUGGCCAUCGCCGUGGACCGCUACAUCGCUAUCAAGAACCCGCUCAGGUACAGCGGUGUGGUGACGGGGCAGAGGGCGAAGGGCAUCAUCACUUUGUGCUGGGUCCUCUCCGUGGGUAUCGGCCUGACUCCGAUGCUGGGCUGGAACACAGGUUUGAAGGCCUCAUCCAGCAGCAGCAGCAGCUGCCCUCAGGGUAUGACCGAGUGUCUCUUUGAAGGAGUGGUCACCCUGGACUACAUGGUCUAUUUCAACUUCUUUGGCUGCGUGCUUGUACCUCUGGUGGUCAUGCUGGUCAUCUAUGCCCACAUCUUCAUGGCCGCGCGGCACCAGCUCCGACUGAUGGGGCUCAAAAUUGCGCAAGCACCCACGCCGGGAGAAACCACCCUGUCUUCCGGCUCGUCUCGUUCGACCCUGCAGAAGGAAGUGCACGCUGCCAAAUCGCUGGCCAUCAUUGUGGGUUUGUUUGCCUUUUGUUGGCUUCCGGUGCACAUCAUCAACUGCUUCAACCACCUGUGUCGGGACUGUAACCGCCCACAUAUCUGGAUCAUGAACAUUGCCAUCAUCCUGUCGCACGCAAACUCUGUCGUGAAUCCCUUUAUCUACGCCUACCGCAUUCGGGAGUUCAGGCUGACGUUCCGCAGGAUCCUGUACCAGCAAAUUCUGCGGCAGCGGGACGUGAACAGGUCUGGCGUUGGGAAUCACGACAGCAGAGGUGUUGGGAGCAGCCGCAGCAGCAUCAUUGGAACCUCGUCCUCUUCCCGUACCAGUAAAGAGCGUAUGUCAUGUGGCACAAUAGUCAACAGUUACAUUCUGGGCCCUGGUUCAAACGAAACUCCGCCGGAAGUGUCUUGUCUGUGGACAAUAAAGUUAGACUCUGAUCCAAAUGGCUGCAGAAACAACGGUCACAAAAUAAAAGGAGACAACCCCGCGGCAGCAGCACCACUGCCGUGCAUCUCUGGGUUUUCUGUGCAGGAGGGGACGGAGUCAGUGUCGGGGUCAACAGAUUCCGAGGAGCUUAAGGACAGUCAGAGCUGCAUUACUUUCAUGAAUGCUCAUGCAUUCUUCCCAAAACAGACUGACCAUGGCUGCUCUGCAGGAGGUCUUACAGAGGUCUCAUGAUACUUAUAAUACAUGAAUACUCAUAUUGCCGUUAAGCACAUAAGACACUGCUAAUAAAAGAACACAAAUGAGGCCUCAGUUCUGACAAAAAUCAUAUUUUAGGUCUCAUAUGUUUGAAGCUAAGUCCAUCCAAAUGUGCAUAAAAUACUUUUAACUGUACAUAUCUUGUAAUGUGUUUUUAAAACUAUAUAAAAUAUAAGGUAAUAGGUUAUUUUUUUGGAAUGGCUGUGUUUUAUAUCCACUGGAGAAUUAAAUAUGUAUGACAUACUGUAUAUCACAGUUUAUUAUUAUUAUUAUUAUUAUUAUUAUAUAUUAAUCAGCUUAAAACUACUGCAACUUAAGGUCUUAGUGAACAAUAAAACUGUCUACUCGGACAAACUUGGGGAGAACACGUUUGACAACAAAUAUUAGGCGUGCUCUAUCUUUUGUGUAUAGAUCUAUUGAAAAGUAAUUUCUCAAACUGCGCGGAAGCUGCAGAACACUUGAUUUGCGAGAUUGAUAACUGCCAGGCAACAUGUGUCUGUUACUGCUUCAACGACAAGGAAGUGGUGCACACACACACACACACACACAGGCCAGUUACCAACCAUUCAAAACAAAGCUUGUUUGAUCUAUUCAACUAUCAGUUCAUAUGCCUGUAAUGUGGCACACAAACACACACACACAGGUUUGCACAUGUAUCCUUCUUAGGACACUGCAUUGACUUCCAUUCAUUUGCACAACCUAAACAAAGCGCUAUCAAUCAAUAAUGCCUAACCUUAACCUUAACUUAACCGCAAUUCAAAUCUUAGCCCUAAACUUAACCAGUUCCUCAAAAAGGAAGGAAGUUCUGCCUCAUUCAGACCAGGUUUUGGUCUCCAAGAGGACUCCAGAUCCUGAUAAGGUCAGUGUUUCUGCCAGAAAAGGGACCUUAAGAGGUAACAAACACAAGUGUACACACACACUUACGACUACAGACUACUCUGUGAGGAGUGUUUACAGAGUAGCCUGACUGCUGACGCCAGUCAAUGGGCCUAAUGCAAUGGAAAUCAAAUGAAGGUUCAUAUGAUGAUGUCUUUUAUUAUGCCAUUAUGCCUUCUCUUUCCUCACUAAAAAGCCCUUCCUCUGUGAGAAAGACCUACAUUUAGCGACACUAAUGUGCUUUAAACCAAUCCCAGAGACGAGUCUACAGGGAAAAAACAUAUAUGGGUAUGUUUUCAGCAUGUGAACUGUAUUUAUUCCAAAACUAUGAUGGUUGCUUUGUGGUGAUGUCCUGUAUAUGUGUAUUCA